AUGGAGGUUAUCUCUCCGCUAGCGACCGAUUAUUAUUCGGCACAGCCGCCUUCCCUCAUCGAGUUUCAUGAUGUUGAUGAUACACAGAACGACGAGACAAUUUAUUACGAACCUCUGAACUACAUCUAUAAGGCUGAAGAUGUUCAGCUGUACAACGAGGGCGGACAUCACCCUGUACACCUUGACGCUAUACUCAAUAAUCGCUACAAAGUCGUCCACAAGCUCGGCAACGGCGGCUUUGGACUCGUCUGGCUCUGUCGCGACACCUUCCUACACAAGUGGAGAGCAGUCAAGAUACUGACUGCUAACCAGUCGGCUAAAGGUACCGAGAAAAUGAUAACCAAGAACCUAUCCCAGCGCUGCACCACGGCUAAGUUAGAGAGAAAUCAUAUCCUACUACCCUCGGAUCAAUUUUGGCUCGUGGGUCCUAAUGGUCGCCAUCUUUGUUUCGUGAUGCCAGUUCUAGGCUGGACCGUUUCAGACUGGCGUCUGCUGCAGAAGAAUGACCAAGAGCAGACUCAUAUUGACGCAAGAAACAUAUGUCGACAGAUUAUCGAGUCUGCGCAUUUCCUCCAUAAGUGCGGAAUAUGUCACGGGGACUUCAGACCAGGAAACAUCCUCAUGAAAUUAGGAGGUAUCGAUGAUCUAAGCCAAGAUCAACUCCUAAAGCUUAUGGGAGAACCGGUGUGCCUCAAAGUUGAAACACUAUCUGGUCAGCCUGGAGCACCUAGAGCUCCCAACUAUUGCGUGGCACCUGCAGACGAAUCCUGGUCCCGGUCUUUAUCAACUAAGUCAAUUGCAGUCAUCGACUUUGGAGAAUCUUUUUUUAUACACUCCCCACCUAGAACAACAGGUAUUCCGGAUUCAUAUGCUGCCCCUGAAGUCCUUCUCGAAGGUUUCGGGGACUUAGGAACCCAUAGCGACGUUUGGGCAUUGGCAUGCACCUUGUUCGAAGUCUGGACAAAUUCGCCAUUAGUUGGGGGGCAGUGUGGAGGAAUCUCCGAUAGCCUUGGAGAAAUGGAGUACUUCUUAGGGCCCUUGCCCUCGCGGUACCGAACGUCGUAUGAUACGAUGCAUUGCAGUAUCCCAUCAGAAUCCCUAUCCUACAGCGGGGCCCCUGAAGCUCAACUGAGCACAGGAGACUUUACACCUAAAGGCCAGCUGCAAAUUGAUGCCCCUGAGAAUGACUACUACGAAGAAGAACGGGCGGAGAUAAGGGAAAGGUCAGGUUAUCAGGAUAUAUUUGAGGCAGUACUCGGACAGGAGCAUACGCUCUAUCGAAACGCGCAUACACCUAAGGAAACAGAGCUUAUCAAAUAUCGAUAUGCUAAGGAGGAUGUGCUAGGCUUAGCAGACCUUUUGCGGAGAAUGUUAAAGUAUGACCCGAAAGAUCGUAUCGGCAUGGAUGCAGUUAUGUCACAUCAUUGGGCGAGAAAAGUGAGCAAGGGUAUUGGAGGUGGGAAAUCAAGGCCUACAGAUGAGAGGAUGCCAAUUGCCCUUGUGGCCACUGCUGUUACAUUGCUUCUAGUUUAUAAGCUUGGCAAGGGGGCAAUGAUAUAG